CUUUCUUACUAUCUUUCUUUCACUCACUCUUUCUUGCUAUCUUUCUCUUUCACUUCUCUUUUUCUUUUACUCGUUCGUUCACGAUUCUUCCCACCACACGAUAUCAUCUCACAUCCGCCGGUCCAAACGAGGUUUCGUGCACUUUCGAAGACAGAGAUGAGAAUUUUGUUACUCGGUUCUUCCUUCGUAAACCAAAGGUCUGUCUGGCCUGAUCAUUCGAGAAUUUGCGAUUGACAAAAGCGAAACAACCAAAUUGAAAAGGUUAAAUCAUCGUUAUAAGUAUAUUUAUAUUACUAUGCUUAUAAUUGUUCAAGUAGUUUGCUUUGAAUUAUUUAUUUAAAUGUGUGGAUAAAUAUUUAACAACGUGAGUCGUGCGUGAUGGGAACCAGUGUGUGUACGUGUAUGAAAAUUUUAUACGGAAGUGAAAAUUCGAUAGCAAGAAACAACUGAUUUAUUAUUUAUUCAUUUAUUUAUUUAUUUAUUAAAGAGUUAUAUUCGAUGUUCGUCCAUUCGAGAAAAUGAUAUUUCAAAUAGUGCUUUUGUUUCGCGCGAAAUUUCGUCGUGAUUGAUUCAAAUUAGUCACCAAAAGCGCCAUUUAAUUCUUCGUUUUUUUUUUGUUUUUUUAUAACAGGAAAUUGUGUACGUCUCUGAUACAUCAUAAAUAUUCAAUUUUUUAAUUUAUUACAAACGAUCGAUCUGUCGACAAAAAGAUAAAGAGAGAGAGAGAAAACAGCCCAAAAGAUUCUCAUUCGAAAAAUUCUGGAUCGCUGAUUGGUCUGUUCUUAAAAAGUGGAUCGUCUGCCCUACAGCUAUAGGUCAUCUUAUGUAUUAUGAUGAUUGGUUCGUGAAAAAAGAAAAUGACGAUCGCGUGAUUUAAAAAAAGAAAACUUUUAUUUUUCAAAUGCAACAGCACAAUUUUCGAACAUGAUUUAUGUUAAUUACAUGUUGGCUACUUUCGUUUUAUAAAAAGAUUCUCUAUGUGUAUGAAUGAUGAUGUAAAUGAUAUAAAAUAUCCAAGUGAAAAAUGAAUAGACGAAUGAGCCUACCAGGUGGACUAAAUUCCUGUGAAAGGAUAAGACCGGAAAGACCAAGAAAUCCGAUUCAAAAGUUAAUAUGGAGUCCAAAUUCUCAAUUUCAAAUAGAUCAAAUAGGAAUAUUGGAGAACGAAGGAUCGAAUCCACGUAUGGCCUUGAGAAGAUUACUUCGACUUUACGAAGGUAGACAAUUUCGUGAAGCGGCAGCUUUUUUGAUGAAGUUACCACAGUAUACUUUGAAAACAGCUUUACCAGACAUUCCAGUGGAUUUAUUGAUCGAAACUUUACCGCAUAGCUUAACUUUGCUCGAAGCUCUUUAUUGUAGACUUGUAGAAUUAAAUGUUACUGAUACAAAGAUCUUAAGAGUAGAACAAGUUCUUUGGAAGGUGGUGCAAUUGUUAUCGAAUAAUCAGGAUCAUACACGUCCAAAGAUUUGGUGUAAACUGUUGAUGUCUUUAAACAGAUUGUCACCUAAUACAAAAAAUAUAUUGACUUCGAGAAAAAAAGCUAUAGAAAGAGCAGUCGAAGGACUUGGGAAACAUGGUUUAGUACCUUCAAGUUUGGAAGGUUCAACUAACUCGAUGAAUUCGAAUUUGGUACCACUUCCUGUUGUUCUUAGAGAACAACUCGAGGCACGUAUUGAAGCGUAUAAACUCGCAGUUCAUAAAUUAGAAAGUUUUGGAAAAAAUACAGGAGUUCAUAAAGUGGAUCAAGGCGUGCAAGCUGCCUCGCAUCAGCGUCAACUUUCGCUAAAAUACAGUGAAGUUCAACAGAGAUUAAUAGAUAACCAAAGUCUAUUGAAUACAUUGGAGAAAGCUGGCAAUCCGUACAAUCUGGAAAGUUUAUUGGUAGAAUUGAAACGUCGGAUUGAACACGACAAGGAAGCUCUCAGACAAUGGACAGCUUUGAGAAAAUCUAUUGGUUUAGCGGGGACUAAAAAUCCGACGUUGGCUGCAAACUUGUUAAAAUUUGCAAAGGGUUGUUCUUUAACUUUGCAACUUAUAUGCGAUGAGGGUUCAUCGGUAGAAAAGAUAUAUUCUUCGCCGAUACAUUUCGAAAACGAGUACGAAGAAGAAUCAUGUAGUACUGGAUAUCAUACCGACGAAAGUCGAACACCGGAACCGGUAGUAGUAGUUGCAAACAAAAGACAUGAACUUUUCAAUAGGGAAGAAAGUUCUCAAGUGUUGAUUUCCGGCGAUUUACCGGUCGAGCGUUUAUCCAAACGAUAUGGCAUGUUGUAUGCACAGGCACAUUUGCAUACUCUUGAUGCACUUGAUACCUUGCGUCCUCUCGACGAUGCACCUGAAUUAAAAGCUAAGAUACUUUAUUCCGUAGUCGUGUUAUCAUGGCGUUUAGCUGGAAUGAUCCAAACGUAUAGACGUCUAGAAGCAUUAAAUAUUUUAAAUGGUACAACUAGCGGUGUACCAUUGGUUGCAAAUAUCGAGGAAUGUAUAAUUAGACAAUUAGCUACCAGUGGUGCUCAAAGUGGUGUACAGGAAGUAGUCGAGCAAGUGAUCAAUCAACUGGAACGAACGUUGUACGAUUUACCGUGUUUAAAAGAAUGCACGGAAAUAAAAAGAUACGCUUCCAUGUGCGCUGGUUUGGCAUGGGUUUGUUUGGCUCGUAAUACGCCUCUGGUAUUGGACGUUGCACAGGAUAUCGAAUUUCGAAGGGAAGUUCAUUCGAGGCAUCACAGUUCCUCAAAUCCAAAUGGAACGAGAAUAAAAUCGGUAUUAUGGCCGGGUUUACGAGAAGGUUAUCAAGGUUCUUGUCUUCACAAAGCUGUUGUUGUAACCGUAUAAUGAUAUACGGUGAAUUAACAAUAAAAUUAUAGAUUCUUUUUCGGGGGGGAGGACGACUUUUGUUAUUAACGUUAUAUACGAUAUAAUACACAUACAGAACAUGACAUGGAUAUCAUUAGAUAUCGAAAAACCAUAUCAAACUUUUUGUACCUUGAUAUAAUUAAAAUCCAGAGACUAUAACUAUUAUAAUCUUAAUUUUAAAAGUUAUGAAACAAGAAUCAAUAUCUUCCUUUGAAUAAUAAUUUUGAUAUUAUUUAUUAGUAACCAUUAUCGAUGACGGAAAUUCUUUUUGGGAAUAAGAAGAUCAAAAAUUAUAGUCAUAUUUUAUAUAUCAUAUAAUUUGACGAUUAAGUUUCCAUUAAAGGAAACUCAAAUAUAAUAUUAUCUAAUUUAACGAUAGUCCAACAAAUUAUCUAACCUGUCCUUUGUUCAAAAGAAAAU